UAACUCUUUUUGUGAAACUAUCCCGCCAAUAUCCCGCGUCUCGAUAUUUGAAGCUCUUCAGUUUCACCCAGUAUUGUCCUUCAUUUCUCUCCCCACCCCCACCUUCCCCUCCCUUAUCGUGACUUUCCGACGGGGACGGCUUGAUCGGCGACGGUGACUGUCAUCUUUAAUGGUUUUCAUAUGUGGUUUUGGUUUUCAUCGAGCUAGCCAUAAGGGAAGUACAUUAUGCUAAUUCAUGCCCAAAGGCACAACAAAUGAGGACAGUCAAUUCAGCUGGAGGUUCCAUGUCUAAAGAUAAGCUUCCAAAAGUCAACUGGACUCAGCAUGCUACUGCACACGAGAAUUUUUCAUGCCAAGAUAAGUUCUUGACUUCAAAUUUCCUUUUCUCUCUGCCAACGCAAAAACCUUGUGUCAGAGAACAAAUGAAUGCCAGGUCAAUGGCUUGUCAAGUUAGAAGUGCAACAAAAUUGGAAACUGAAAAGGCUUGGAAGCUUCUAAACAGUCUUAAGUUGUCUUCCAAGAGUUAUACAAGACCAGGGAAAACCCUACCAUUAACCAAAGAUAACAAGUCCUUUUCACAACACUCUCAUAACACACAUGUUCUGCGCGCAUCUGAUGUCAACUAUGCUUCUGCAAGAUGCACGCCACUGCAUCAAGGUGUUGAUGAAAAUAGCGAAUACAGUGACACAACAAGGUAUGCAGGAAAUCGUUUUCCAUCACAUUCAAGUGGUGGGGCAGAAAUUGGGAAAGUUGUGAACAGGCAGAAUGGAGCAGACACUUCAUUGGCUAAUAAUUCUCAUUCUCGAGGAAUAGGGGGAAUAUCCAGCAAUCAUGCAAUUGGUGUAAGCAAGACGAGGGAGUAUAAUAACACAUGUGCUGAUGGAACUGAUGAAGAUGACAUUCUUCAGAAUAUAGAUAUCGACCAAAUAGUAGAACACUAUCAGACCAACUGCACGCCGCAGCCUUCUGUCUCAAGAUGUCCGCCAAUUACUCCAUUUACAGAUUCUAAAUGUUUGGCUGGAUCCGAGGAGACAAAUUUGCCACCGGAAUUGUCCUUAAACUGCAAUCAUGGGUUGAAGCUAGGGCUUUGUCCAGAAGCAUUGGAUCAUUUACAAGAAAUGAAGGAUAGGCUAAUUAACAUUUCAAAUGAUCUUCUUGACAAUGUUUCAGAACUGAGUUUAGAGCAGGUUGAAAUGCUUCGCCAAGAACGGUCACAGCUGAAGCUGCAAAUUCAGCACCUUGAAAAGUUUCUUCAAACUGUAUCAGGCAACGAGGAAAGAAGGAUGUCACAGUUUUCUGCUUCCACACAGACUUCCGCCUUUCAGUAUGAAACACCUCGUGCAGGGUCUUCCAGGAUUGAUCCUAUAAGACUUGACACACAGUUUCAUGGAUAUAAUGAGUCCGGUGGCUUUGGCAACUGGAAUUCCUCAUCACUUUCCUUUGAUGUGACUGGUGGAUUUGGUCUUUCAACAGCUCCAGUGGAGAGAGAACCCUACAUCCCAAAGUAUCUUGAAGUUAAGUAUACUGAAGGUUCAAAUGACAAGAAGUGGAGUAGCCGAGAUUUCCCCUGGACAAAGAAGCUUGAGGCCGAUAACAAAAAAGUAUUUGGAAAUCCCUCUUUUCGUCCUAAUCAAAGAGAGGUGAUAAAUGCAACAAUGAGUGGAUGUGAUGUAUUUGUUUUAAUGCCCACAGGAGGAGGCAAGAGUCUGACAUAUCAGCUUCCUGCUCUCAUUUGUCCUGGGAUUACUCUGGUCAUUUCACCUCUUGUUUCGCUCAUCCAAGAUCAGAUAAUGCAUCUUUUGCAGGUUAAUAUACCUGCUGCUUAUCUUAGUUCCAAUAUGGAGUGGACUGAGCAACAGGAGAUACUUAGAGAGCUCAAUUCAGAUGUUUGCAAGUACAAAUUUUUAUAUGUUACCCCGGAGAAAGUUGCCAAAAGUGAUGUUCUGUUGAGACACUUGGAAAGUCUACAUACUCGUGAAUCACUUGCUAGAAUUGUUAUUGAUGAAGCACAUUGUGUGAGCCAAUGGGGACAUGAUUUCAGGCCUGAUUAUCAGGGUCUAGGUAUCCUGAAGCAAAAGUUCCCAACUGUGCCUGUUCUGGCCUUGACUGCUACUGCCACAAUGAGUGUCAAGGAAGAUGUUGUUCAGGCCCUUGGUCUUGCCAACUGCAUUAUUUUCCGACAAAGCUUUAAUCGUCCAAAUUUAAGAUAUUCCGUUAUCCCAAAGACAAAGAAGUGUUUGGAAGACAUUGACAACUUUAUAAAGAAAUUUCAUUUUGAUCAAUGCGGGAUAAUUUAUUGUCUUUCUAGAAUGGAUUGUGAGAGAGUAGCCGAAAAGCUGCAGGAAUACGGACAUAAAGCAGCAUUUUAUCAUGGCAGCAUGGAGGGUGCUCAGCGAGCUAACAUCCAGAAGCAGUGGAGCAAAGAUGAGAUCAAUAUUAUAUGUGCAACUGUUGCAUUUGGAAUGGGUAUCAACAAGCCAGAUGUUCGUUUUGUCAUUCAUCAUUCUUUGCCAAAAUCUAUUGAAGGGUACCAUCAGGAGUGUGGUCGUGCUGGUAGAGAUGGUCUACCUUCCUCUUGUGUUUUGUACUACAGUUACAGUGAUUAUAUACGAGUCAAGCAUAUGAUAAGUCAAGGAACCGUAGAUCAGAAUUCCUUUGGAUCUGGAUAUGGUCGUUCAAAUGUGGCUACUUCAGGGAGGAUCCUUGAGACAAACGUGGAAAAUCUUCUAAGAAUGGUCAGUUACUGUGAGAAUGAUGUUGAUUGUCGUCGUCUCCUUCAGCUUAUUCACUUCGGAGAGAAAUUUGAAUCUACCAACUGCAGAAAAACAUGUGAUAAUUGUUCCAAGAUUCAGAAAUGUAUUGAGAAAGAUGUCACGGAAGUUGCAAAGCAAUUAGUUGAAUUGGUGAAGAUGACAGGACAGAAGUUCUCGUCAGCCCAUGUUUUGGAAGUCUACAGGGGCUCCUUGAGUCAAUAUGUGAAGAAACACAGACAUGAGUCCUUGCGUCUGCAUGGAGCUGGAAAACAUCUAGCCAAGGGUGAAGCAUCCCGCGUGCUACGUCAUCUUGUUACUGAAGAUAUUCUUGUGGAGGAUGUUAAAAAGAGUGACCUAUAUGGAUCUGUAUCAUCAGUCCUAAAGGUGAAUGAAUCAAAAGCCUACAAUCUAUUUUCUGGUGCUCAGACAAUGAGAUUAAGGCUCCCUUCAUCUGUGACUCAAUCUAAGCUGGGUAAAUUUGAAGCCACUCCAGCAAAAGUUUCACUAACAUCUGGAAAGCAGAGUCCUCCCAGGACAGACCCUUCUGCUGCACCUCAAUCUCCAGUUGAUACGAACCUUUCAGCGAAACUGUAUACAGCUCUACGGAGACUUCGUACUCUUCUCGUUAAAGAAGCUGGAGACGGUGUCAUGGCUUACCAUAUAUUUGGAGAUGCUACCAUGCAGCAGAUUAGCAUUAAAGUACCAAGAACUACGGAUGAGCUACUCGACAUCAAUGGCAUUGGCAAGGUAAAAAUCAUCAAGUACGGGGAUAGGGUGCUAGAAACCAUUGAAGCUACCAUCAACGAGCACAAGUCAGUUAAGACCAAUAGCAGCGGCAAUGACAGUACAGAUUCAGGUAAAAAGAGGAGAAAUUCCAUCAAUGUACAAAAUGCGAACUCCAAAGAUGAGGAGGAUUUCACUGGAAGCACUGGUCGUUCUAAGAAAAGGGUGUCGAAGAAGCAGAACAAAAAUCCAGAGGUUAUCGACUAUAGGGACCUCGGGUAUUUUGAUGAAUGUAUGGACGGUGACAUUGACUUCGAUGAGACUAUGAUGCCAUAGUGAAGGCUUCCUUUUCAAGUGUUGAUCAAAAUGGAGGAAGAAUUUUAUGAAACUGUUUGGAUUUAGUCUCAUAAUUUACAUGGGAGAAAAGUUUAUCAUCACUACACUGUUUUAUAUCCAUUCUCGUGAAAUAUUGAGUUAUCUGUUGACAAAGCUACUGGAACAAGGUCAAAAUUCCAGUUACUAUGAGAUGUUAAAUUAAUCUUGCUGUUAAGUGAUACCAUCCUAAGUGUAUAUAAUAUUUCUCCUUUCUCUAUGGAGUAGUGUAUUUCUGAACUUUUGUUGGA